GUCAGUGCACCAACAACAUGUGUCACAACGGCGGCCAGUGUGCCGGGGGAUACUCUCCUUCCUGCUCCUGCCAGCCCGGCUUCCAGGGACCACGCUGCCAGUAUGACCAGAACGAGUGUGCUGUGAAGAACGGAGGCUGCGAGAAAGAGUGCGUGAACACCAUCGGCUCUUUCCACUGUCGCUGUCCCAUGGGCUAUGAGCUGAAUUCAGACAACAAAGGAUGUGUCGAUGUCAAUGAGUGUAUUGACCACAACGGCGGCUGCCAGCACAAGUGUGUCAACACGCACGGGGGGUACCGCUGUGACUGCCCUCGGGGUGAGCGGCUCCACGCUGACGGAAGGACGUGUCUUCCUGUGUCUGGCUGCAGUGUGAGCAAUGGUGGCUGCCAGCACACCUGUGUAGACGGCUACAAUGGACACUACUACUGCCGCUGUCAGGAGGGCUUCAGGCUUGGUGCAGAUGGGAAGGCUUGUGAAGAGGUGAAUCCAUGUCGAGUGGGAAAUGGUGGCUGUUCCCAGGAGUGUGUCAGUGAUCGGGGCCGUGCCGUGUGUCGUUGCUACAGAGGUUAUUCUUUGGGGGCUGAUGGACGCUCUUGUGAAGAUAUUGAUGAAUGCACAGUGGGUAACGGGGAGUGCAAACAAGCCUGUAUCAACACUGCGGGCUCCUUUUCCUGUGCUUGUACACCUGGGUACCAGCUGGGAGUGGAUGGAAAGUCCUGCUAUCCACAAACUAAUGUGAGUAGCAGCAAUGGAGAAGCAAGAAAUUCGAUCUGCAAGGAUGCAGAUGGUGACGCUAACUGUAGGCUACAUCUGAUCCAAGGUAUUGAGAUGGAGGUGGUAGACUUCUGCAACAUCGGAAAUGGAGGCUGCGCCCACAAGUGUAAGCACACAGAGGACGGUCCCGUCUGUUCUUGUCGCAAGGGUUACAAGCUCCAGGCAGAUGGCAAGGCUUGCGAAGAUAUUGACGAGUGCCAGGGCUUUGACAGCUGCUGUACCCAGAUCUGCAACAACAACCCUGGGGGCUACACCUGUGGCUGCCAGCCGGGAUUCCUCCUCAACAGGGAUGGGUGUUUGUGUGAAGACAUUGACGAGUGUCUGAACGGCAAUGGAGGCUGUGAGCAGCUCUGUGUCAAUGCCGAAGGUUCCUUCUCCUGUGCCUGUAAUACAGGCUUCGUCCUGUCCGGAAAACAGUGUCUGCCGGCGAAGAGCCUUAUCGAAGAAGACCCAGGCCCUCUGAGAGGAGACCUCCCCAAGAUUCGCUUUCAGAGCAAUCCCAAACCCGUACUGCCGGCUGACUCUGAGUUUGAUGACAUCCUCCUGUCCCAAGAGCUCUCCGAUGAACAACCAAACAUUUAUAGAAACAAAUCCGGAUGUAUUCCUGGCACGUUUGGCCCAGACUGUCGGUUCAACUGCCAGAACUGUAUGAACGGUGCCCGCUGUAACGGUCAACAAGACGCGUGCAUGUGUCGGCCUGGUUGGAGAGGACUGCUGUGUAACGAAACCUGCCCAGAGGGUACUUAUGGCAACGACUGCAACUCCUUGUGUCGCUGUAAGAACGGUGGCCAGUGUGAUCAUGUGACCGGUCAGUGCAAGUGUCCUCUGGGUGUGGAGGGAGAGUAUUGUGAGGAUGGCUGCCCUCCAGGCUUCUACGGAGACGAUUGUGACAAGAUUUGCCCACAGCCAUGUGCUAGCGGCUACUGCAACAGGAAGUACGGUUUCUGCAACUGCAUGCCAGGAAAGUUUGGUCCCUCGUGUAACAAGCCAUGCCCAUUGUUCACGUACGGCUCCAACUGCAUGAGUCAGUGCGACUGCAGCACAGACUACUCAGACGGCUGCAAUACUGAGACAGGAGAGUGUAUCUGCAAAUCAGGAUACGAGGGUCGUCGCUGUGAGGAUCAGUGUAUCGAUGGCUUCUACGGGCCAGGCUGUGAAGAACGCUGUGACUGCCCGGAUGACACCCGCUGUAAUCAUGUGACCGGUCACUGCCUCAGGGACUGCCCGGCUGGAUGGACGGGUCAGCGCUGUGAAGAAUCUUGCCCUGAGGGCAGCUGGGGCAUCAGCUGUAAGAACAAGUGUGUUUGUGAGAACGGCGCCCCCUGCGACAAGGUCACUGGGGAAUGUAUCUGCCUGGACGGUUGGUACGGUCCACAUUGUCAUGAAGUGUGUCCUAAGGAUAGGUUUGGCCCCCAGUGCAUGAUGCGCUGUAUGUGUGAGAAUGAGGGUCACUGCGACCCACGUGACGGUACCUGCACCUGUCAGUCUGGCUGGACCGGACAAAUCUGUGACAGAGCUUGUCCCCCAGGGACAUACGGCGAGAACUGUGCCAGCCGCUGCGACUGCUACAACAGUGCCGAGUGUGACCCGGUCUCUGGGGAGUGUAUCUGUGCCCCAGGAUGGCGUGGUCAAGCCUGUGACCAGAAGUGCCCUGCAGGCAAAUAUGGAGCAGGCUGCAGUGAGACCUGUCUGUGUCAGCACGGAGCCGACUGUGACCAUGUGAGUGGGACCUGCAUGUGCGCGGCCGGCUGGAGGGGCCGCUACUGUGAGAAGGCAUGUCCAGAUGGCUUCUUUGGCCUAGAGUGCCAGAGUAUAUGUGCGUGUGGAAAUGGAGCCACGUGUGACCCUGUGUCAGGCGCGUGUCACUGUGCGGCGGGCAGCAUGGGCUCCACCUGUGAGCACACCUGUCCCGAGGGCUUCUGGGGGACGGACUGUGAGCUCACCUGUGACUGUCUGAAUGGCGGGACCUGUGACCCUGUGUCUGGGACCUGUCUGUGUCGGCCAGGAUGGAGGUCGGCGCGCUGCGAAGAUCCAUGUCCUCCGGGAAUGUACGGCCAGAACUGUAUGUACCGCUGUUUCUGCAUGCAGCGUGGCACGUGUCAGCCCGUGGACGGAGUCUGCAACUGCACCGCUGGAUGGGAGGGGGCUGCCUGUGAGAAAGCCUGUGAGCCAGGUUUCUAUGGCCCCAACUGUGCGUACCGCUGCGAGUGUGUCAACAGCAAGUCAUGUGACCGUGUCAGCGGCCAGUGUGUGUGCCAGGCAGGGUACAAGGGCUACCGCUGUGACAAGCCUUGUCCUGAGGGGUUUUUCGGCAAGAACUGUGAGGGCAUCUGCCAGUGUGAGAAUGGGGCGCAGUGUGACACUCAAGAUGGCAGCUGCAGCUGUAGGGACGGCUGGACUGGCGACCGCUGUGAACAAUCUUGCCCUGAAGGCUUGUUUGGUCCUGGAUGCAGCCAGCAGUGUACUUGUGAAUACGGGCAGCCAUGCUACCAUGUGGAUGGGCGCUGCGAAUGUCCUGCUGGGCUCACAGGAAACAGUUGUGAACGCAAGUGUGAGCCAGGUAGAUUCGGCCCCAGCUGUCAGGGCAUCUGUUCCUGUGAGCCUCACAAGGUGUGCAACCACGUCACCGGCCAGUGCAUGUGCAGCCCUGGCUUCUACGGCAGGAACUGCGACAAGGAGAGGAAAAAGGGCAAAAAUUAUAGAAAGGGUAGGAAAAAUAAUGGCCGAAGGAAGCCGAGCCGCAAUUACAGGAAAAUGCUGAAAGACAAGGACACACUGAGCCAGCUGAAAGCAGCAUCUUGGGUAUUUGGCUGCACGGAAGGCGAGUACGGGCCCAACUGCGACCGCGUGUGUCAGUGCGCAAACAACGCAGACUGCGACGUGUCUACUGGCAUGUGCUUCUGCCCUGAGGGCUUCGUGGGCUCUACUUGUAGAGAGAGAUGCCCGGAGGACCGCUACGGCUUCAACUGUACUGGGGUGUGUGACUGUCAGAAUGGAGCCCGCUGUAACAAGAGGUCAGGCAGAUGCAAGUGUCUGCCAGGUUACACAGGGAGCAAAUGUGAAAGCAUGUGUCCCGAAAAGACGUUUGGUCAAGACUGUGGCUACCAGUGUAACUGUAAACAUGGCAGCUGCCACCACGUCACUGGCGAGUGCCAGUGUGACCUGGGUUGGACGGGCGCCAACUGCGACACAACCUGCCCCGCGGGCAAGUUUGGCCCCAACUGCGUCCACUCAUGUGUGUGCCAGAAUGGAGCGUCAUGUGACCCAGCCUCCGGAUGCUGUACGUGUAAUGAGGGCUACUACGGACAGAUGUGUGAGCUAGAGUGUCCCUCGGGUCGCCAUGGCGUGUACUGUAUGGAGAACUGCGACUGUGUGAAUGGAGCCUCAUGCUCCCCCAUCACCGGACAGUGUCGCUGCCGGUCGGGAUUCCAGGGAGACAAGUGUGAACAAGCUUGCCCGCCUGACCGAUGGGGUCAGAACUGCCGUGAGGAGUGUGCCUGUGGGGAAAACGCAGUCUGUGAUUCUGUCACGGGGAAGUGCCGCUGCCACCCAGGCUACCACGGGGAUCUCUGUGAGACAGGUUGCCCUCCGGGUCGAUUUGGCCCCAGUUGUGUCUACUUCUGCGACUGUGAUAACGGCGGCAGCUGCGACCCUGUGUCGGGUGCGUGCGAGUGUUUACCAGGAUGGGUCGGGCCUCGCUGCCAGACUGCACAAAUACCCUCUGGGCCCCGGAGAGGGGAUAUUCCUUGGGCGGUCAACUACAGCUAACAACAGCCACAACAGCAACAGCGGUGCCAACAUCAUAGAUAGCGACGACAACGGAGAGCUCAGGGCACAGCCUGUUGAGGUGACCUUGAACUGGGCUGCCAGCACAUCUCGGCCAAGUCCUCCGGUGGUGGACAUUGUAGACUUUGAGAAGGUGGAGAGCGUAGAUAGUGUAGCCAGCAGUAGUUCUGACACCAGUGGGGAUGAGUCUCUCUCUGUUGUCAGCCAAGGAGGCAGUGACACUGUCAGUUCUGUCAUCCUCAGUGGAGAUGAUAAGGAGAUACAGAUAGAGGAGGAAGAGAGUAGGGAGGAUAGACAAAAGAAAACUGAAGAUUGGAAUAAUAUUAUUCAAAGCCUUGAUGGUGAAGUAGGCAUAUGAUAGACAAGUAGUGUAGUCUUUUCUAGACAAAGCUUUGAUCAGUCAGCCAUUGUGCUCCUUUACCUCCUGGCUGUUCACAUUCUGCUCUGUGAUCAACUCAUUGGCAUAACUUUUUUCUCUCGAUGUGGCACGACAUGGUCUGAUUCAGGCUUCAGGUGUUCCUGUUUUCUCUCUUCCACUUCCCCAUUAUAAUUGCAAGUUCCCACUUUUCUCUUUUUUUCCAGUGCAUUUCAAUCUACUCCGAAGUUUGGUGUUUGCUCCAUCACUUUGUUCUCCGGUCAUACAUCGGACGCAUGUUUUUCCUUUCUUAAAUCUUCAUUUCUCUUGCCACAAAAAUGAGUGACUCCAAAUGUUUUGUUACGCACACUGUAAAGUAGUGUCAAGCAAAGUUACUGAUUUUUCUCUCUACAUCGACGUCUUGACUUUUUAAGUCUACCCUCAGCUCGGAUUUCCCUCUCUGUCUCUUUUAAUGCCCUGUCUCCUCCCCUCGCCACUACCAGUUCAUUGAAUUAAAACUAUUCUCAGCCUUCCCUUAAUGUAUAGCACAUGUUCCCACUAUUGCUGUAUACGUAGCCUUGGCACGUAAUAUUAUAGAUGAGGCACAUACAUGUGAACAGUCCUUCCAUCCAUCCAUUCUUUAUGUGUAUCCGUGUUACUACGUGAAUUAAUGCCCCCCAAUGUGUACACUGCACAAGGGUCCCCCCCCACCAAUAUUCUGCUGUAAUAUUUGCUGCUUGGUCUGUCUGAUCAAAUAUCCCUGCUCCCCCUAGGUUGACCAAUAUUGACUGCUGUAAUCACUGUAGUUUAUCACCGACCAUCUCUGAACACAGCAGAGAAGUUUUUGUUUACACUUGUGAAUUUUAUAGUUUUGUUGUAGUCAACGGUUUGUUUGUUAACAUUUUUCCUUUUGUCACUUUAAGUACGUGUAGCAGACAAGGAGCAUUUGUAGCAAUCGGAGAAUAAAUGGACUGGUGAAAAAAGGUCAAUCAGGAUGAUGCCAUAUGCUUAGACAAUAAGUAUGAUCAAAUUUCAGACAAAUACUGAUGCUGCUGUUCAGACUCAUGGGAUUAUACGUAACAGUUAUGCUUAUUAGCCCUCUCAUGUUGAGUUUAUUUCCUGUUUUGGAGCUGAAUAUGCUUUGUACAACUGACUGAGGAGUUUGAUGGGUGAUGUUUCAAUAAUGAUGCGAAAAACAGUUCAGAUAAUCAGUUUGUGGACUUGCACUGAAGCCUCAAGUCUUUUGAUGUAAAGGAAAUUUAUUUUCCUUUUGUAGGUGUGGUAUGAAUGUCCGAUUUUGAAAAGGAGUAUAGAAGAUGGGAAGCUUUAAAUAUUAAAGCAGAUUUGCACCUUGAUGGGGUGUAGAGUGAGCAAAACUUUUGCAGGAAAUGUGUCUAUGUACAAGUGGAUUCUUAUAAUAUCAUUAUGUCCAACAAGCUCGUCUGUCUAGUUCUAAGGUGACAAAUUAAUUUCUUAUCUCAUGAAGGAAGAAAAUGGAAACCAAGCUAGCCUUUCUAUGCGUGAGGUUUUUUACAGCAUUUUUUUUUAUAGUACAUCAUGUCUGCUUUUUCUUUUCAAAGAAAUUUCCCUGUCUAAAAUUCUGUUCACUACAUCAUUUGAAUGCAGUAUUCCUACAAAACAACACUUAGAAUUAAUAGUAGAAUAGUAGGGUUUGUCAAAUAGUCAUUAUUUUCAAUGUUUGUUUGGUUAGAGUGCAGGAAAAGUUGUAGGCCUAUAUGCUUGUCACCGCAGCACUAUAGUUUUAAUUGCUAUGUUCUAUGUGACUUAAUGUUGUUGGAUUUUUUUUUCUUUUUAAUUUUAACCCCUUCACUGCAACUAGAUAUUCCAACUGUGGCAAACUUUCUUAGCUCACUCCUUACUAUACUGUGUGCUAUUUACGACCAUCUUUGAUCGCAAUUUUAAAACUUUUUUUACAAGUCUAUGAUUGUAUCAAUUAUUACUGCUGCCAAAAGCGAAAUGCUCGCAGCUAAAGGGAUUUGAAAACAACAACAUCAAUUAUUACGAAUUGGGCACCCAUUUGAUUUGGUUUUCUUGCGUGCCCAGAUUAACUUCAAAGAGUAAUGUAAUUGAAAAUGAAAUGUGUGGCAUUUUGAUGAAAUCAGGCACUCAUCAAUUUUUGGGCAUGUGGAGUUAUCUUACUUAAACCAUAUUUCUUUUUUAUCUUUCUUUUGAUUAAAAAAUAACCAUCUAUCUUGAACAGAAGUCUAAAAUGUUUGCAAUAGAAGGAAUUGGGGGUAGCCUGGUGUCAGUGGUAAAAUUAGCAAGAAAAUGGCCACCAAAGUUUGGUGACUUCUGAAGCUUGAAUGUCUUUGGAAACUGCAAAUUUACAUAUUCUUUUUUGCAUUUGAGCAGCAUGACAACAUAUUUCAGUAAAAUCUACAAAGAAAUGCGUUUUUAAAUGGACAGGAAAAGUGUUGAGC